GAUUUUGUUUGUUGCUGGCAAAAGCUCCUUUGAUCAUCUCGACUCAGUUCUCGUUGGUCAUUCUAUGCGUAGCAGUGUUUUGUUUCUCACAACAUCGAGUAGUUUAGAGCUCAUUGUGAUUAUUAUUUCCAUUUUAAUUGAUUUUGAAAACAGACUGAUGCCAGUAGUGAAAAGGCGCGGGAUGUGAAUGUUCGCCAGGAUAAAACAAUUGAUACGAGGGUGACUUUUCAUUUUUGAGAACGAAGAAAAAAAUCGCUGGAAAAUGCCAGGAGAAAACGUGAAAAUGGAGCCUGUAGGGGCUAGCAAGCAACAAGGCGAAGAUGACGGCGACGAUUAUGACCCCCAUCUACACAGGGACGUCGAAAGUCCCACCACCAACGCUGAAACACUUAUUCAUUUGCUCAAAGGAUGUCUCGGGACUGGAAUUUUGGCCAUGCCAGAAGCUUUCAAAAGAUCUGGGAUGUCCUGUGGGAUUGUGUCCACUUUUCUUAUAGGAAUACUCUGCGCUUACUGCCUUAACACCCUAGUGAAAUCUCAAUAUGUAAUUUGUAAAAGACUUAAAGUAGGACUGCUAACUUAUCCAGAAUCUAUGAAAGUAGCUUGCGAGAUUGGCCCAAAGUGCCUUAACAGAUUUGCUCCACAUGCACCGUUGAUAGUAAACAUCUUCCUUAUCGUUUACCAACUUGGUAUUUGCUGCGUUUACAUAGUUUUUGUUGGUGCUAACGUUAAAGCAGUGGCUGACUAUUACAUGCCUCCAGAGAAACAGAUAGCCUUGCCUCUCUUUAUGCUGAUAUUUUUCAUACCUUUCCUGGCUAUUAUCUGCAUUAGAAACUUGAAGUUGCUGGCUCCGUUUUCCGUGGUUGCAAAUAUAAUCACGUUUGUUACAUUCGGAGUGGUGUGCUACUAUGUUUUCCAGAAUUUACCUGAAUUCAGCAAGUAUGAGAGUUUCGGGACUCUAGUGGACUACCCGUUGUACUUUGGUACCACUCUUUUCUCUCUACAAGCGGUCGGCGUUGUAAUUGCAUUGGAAAACAAUAUGGCGACCCCGAAAAGCUUCUUGGGUCCUUUUGGAGUGCUCAACAUCGGUAUGGGUCUUGUCACCGUAAUUUAUGUCGGCAUGGGUAUGAUGGGUUACUGGCAAUAUGGCAAAGAUAUUAAAGCAUCCGUAACAUUGAACUUCCCUCCAGCUGAUUACCUAGCCCAAGCCAUUAAUAUCAUGUACUCGAUAGCUAUCUAUAUUUCCUACGGCUUGCAAGGGUUCGUUCCCGUGCAGCUAUUGUGGUCCAACUAUAUAGUACAAAGAUUAGAAGACAGCCAACACAAAUUAAGAUGGGAGUACCUGCUCAGAUUUGGCUGUGUUGUUGUUACAUUUGUUUUGGCGAUGACCAUUCCCCUAUUGGGUCUGUUCAUCUCUCUGGUGGGUUCUUUCUGCCUCUCUGCUUUGGGCAUCGCUUUUCCGGCCAUAAUCGAGCUGUGCGCCUAUUGGCCGGAUAAACUUGGCCCUUGUCGCUACGUUCUCUUCAAGGACAUCCUUCUGAUCAUCAUUGGGGUGGUUGGUCUCCUUGCUGGCAGCUACAGCGCCAUCUUGGCCAUCGUUACCGAACUGACGAAGUAGAUAUGGGCAACGAAGAUCGAAUGAAUCAUGUCAUGUUUUUUUUCUGUAGUAUGUUUAAUAAGUAGGACUUACGACACUCUGUAUCCGACGCGCACUAUUCAAGCUGUAAUGGUUAAUGGGACGAUGUGAUAUUUAUGUAGGUAUUAUUUCCUAUUUACACUUUAUCAAUUUAUUUCUUUGGAAGGUCAGUUUUGAAGACUAAAUCAUCAGAACUCAGGAACAAUGAGUUUAUAAUCUAAUUAAGCCAAAUUUAUUAUGAUUUUUGCGCCGGUUGGAACUUUUUUUAGUGUGGAUUUAUAAAUUUGCUGACCGGCGGACAUACAUACAUAAGUAAAAGACAAUGAUUUAUUUUGAUAAUUUAAAUUUUUUAUACUAUUACCGAAUAAGUAGAAAGUCAAUUGCUUUAAUUUAUUUUUAAAUUAAAUUUUAAAGAAAGCAUAUUGUUGAAAAAUAAAUAUUUUUCAAGAAUUAACUAUGUAUACCAAAGUUUUCCCUGCUGUUUGUUAUUAAUAAAGGUUUUUAUAAAUA